GCACCAAAAUCUCUGCACUGGGUCGGUCCCUUCCCUUUUCACAUCGUUUCACAGAGAAUGCAAAUGAAAGCGAAGACGCUAACAAUGAGGUGAGCCAAGUUAAUUUCUUGAGGCGUGAGGAACCUUGACCUCUUCUUUAUUCACUGACUUGAACUCAGGGCGCUUUGGUGUUGGCCCACAACGCUAUCAAAAGCCACAUUGUUGCUUCAAGCGUCGUCUUUGAGGCAACAGCGAAUCUGUUCAUUGUUGAAGGAGCAGAGCAAGGAGUCAGAUUGACAAACGGGGGGCAACAACGGGAGCAGCAGCAGCGGACAGAUCGCACAUAAUAUCGAAGGACCAGACGCUGUGUUGGUGGUGAGAGCCAAACUUCUUUGCGUCCUUGCGAUGGGUGCCUACGAGUGCUGCAUGCGCUGCCUGGGUGGCAUCCCCUACGCGUCCCUGGUGGCCACGCUGCUGUGCUUCUCUGGCAUCGCCCUCUUCUGCGGCUGCGGCCACCAGGCCCUAACCGAGACCGAGCGGCUGAUCGAGAACUACUUCGCCCGCAACCUGCAGGAUUACAUCACCCUGGCGUACCUGAUCACGUAUUUCCAGUACGUCAUCUAUGGCCUGGCGUCCUUCUUCUUCCUAUAUUGCAUCAUGCUGUUGGCCGAGGGCUUCUACACCACCAGUGCCAUGAAGCAGACCUUCGGAGAGUUCCGGAGCACAGAGUGCGGACGCUGCCUCAGCUCCACGUUCAUUGCGAUCACGUAUAUCCUGGCUGUCAUAUGGCUCCUGGUGUUUGCCUUGUCAGCCCUGCCGGUCUACUUCUUCUACAACAUGCACUCCACCUGCCACACCAUCGACGUCCUAACCGAGACCCCCACCAGCAUCAACCAGCUGUGUAUCGAUGCCAGACAAUAUGGGUUGCUCCCCUGGAAUGCCAUUCCGGGGAAAGCCUGCGGAAUGGUCCUGUCAAACGUGUGCAAAACAAGAGAGUUCUUCCUGACCUAUGACCUCUACAUAGCUGCAUUCGCUGGUGCUGGGAUCACGCUGCUGGCUCUGGUCCAUUACUCCACACACCUGGCAGUGAGUCAGGUGGUGCUCCGGCGGCAGCAGCAUCGCGAGCGGCUGAAGCGAGCCAAGCAGCUCGCCCUGUUCGGAGCGUUGCUCAAGGACCACAACAGCAACCUCCGCUCGGCCUCCUCCUCGGUUACUGUGUCCACACUGGACGUCACGUGACCGAGGGAACAGCUGCUUGGCUCCACUAUCAUCACCACCCCCCAUACUGUGACCAAGUGAGAGAAGCAGGCUGGCAGGCCCUCAGAAAUUAAGUUGUGUUAGAUGGGUGUUUAUUUCCUAAGAGGUAGCAUACUGCCGUUGCCCAGGGGAGUUAUUUAGUUCCACAUUUUUGAGAGAAAUUGUUAAUUGUUUUUGUACAUUGCUUAGGGCCUUCUUCUGAAAGGGCCACAGUUUAUUUUUGCUAUGGAUUAAAAAAAAAGUUGAACUAUGACAUGAGACCAAAUUGUAGACCAUUAGAUAGAGUGCAAAUUAGACAUUUUUGUUCUUUAAAAAAAUCAUUUGGAAAUGUGUACAGUAUUUUGUGCAUUUUGUUUAAGUGUACAUAUUUCAUUUAGUCAUUGUAACAAAGUGUGAGCUAUAAAAUAACUAGCGAUAUCACAUAGCCACAGUAAGCACUAUAUAUUUUUGGAAUGUACUGUAAUCUUUGUUAAGAAAUAAAGUCACAACAACAAAGUGGUCAGAGUAUCCUUCAAUUUAACCCCUCCCGCCUCCUUUUGUUCACCUUAAACAGAUCACUCAGAAUGCAGCUUUCAUUUGGUAUUCCGCAUGAUUUAUUCAUAGCAUUGCCACUGGAUAUUCGCCACUAAAUUAGUAAGGUUUGUAAACAAAGCCAGUCCUGACCUCUUUAGUGCAACUCAGGAGAUGAUCGGAGAUGGCUAGAGGAGGGUUUGGAAAGGUUUGAUACAUGAGGAGUUUGUCCAACAAUUUUUUUUUUCCAGGACCAAUUACGCGAUCUGUCCAAAAGCACUCGCUCGCUGCUGGGGGUUCAAAGCGUACACUGACACGAGUGCAACACUGUGUGGCAAGAGGAUACUGCAGUGUUUAUUUUCCCUCCAUCUCGCUUUCCAGUGUGCCAGGGCAGUACUUUAUAAGUGGGUAUAUCCACACUGCUCUAGCCUACAUCAGCCAUCUGUGUGUGUGUGUGUGUGUGUGUGUGUGUGUGUGUCCCCUCCAGGUUUGCACACACUGCCACUACUGCUGCUUACAUUCUACACAGUCAAGCCCUCAGACAAAAAUUAGAUUUCAGCCUCAUUUAAAAAAAAAAAUGAAUGGUGCCAUGAUGGGGAGGGGUUUGGGCAGCAAUAUAAUACAAAAGCCACAGGAUUCACAUACAGUAUGAUCCAACUCAGACUGGAAAAAUACAUUUCGAUUUCCAGACUCAGUGUAAUAAUAAUAAUAAAAAAGAUCCCAACAUCUCAAACCCUUAAGGAUCAAAAGUAGGCCUACACUGGUUAAGACAGGCAACAGAAUUCAGAAUCCUCUGCAGUGUGUGUGUGUGUGUGUGUGUGUGUGUGUGUGUGUGUGUGUGUGUGUGUGUGUAUUUAUACCAGCCGGGUUGCAGGCAGCAUGCUAUGACUCGUAUAUCCGAGCAGCGAGGGAGUGAGUGUGCGCACUUGUAAGGAAGGCUUCAGCUGUGUUUAUUAAUUGAUGCCCAAUGAGUGUAAAUAUUUGAACAAUAAGUUUGAUACACAGCAGCAAGAGAUUCCCUGUGAGGCUAACAAGCCCCAAGGAAUGUAAGUAACACAAAAAUAACGGCCAGUAACAUGAAAGCAGAUUAUCCAAUUAGUUUUGUAUCCAUAAUGAAGACUGCUCGUUUCCUGUUAACGGCCAAUUUUCGAACCGAAGCCGGAGCAGAACAGAAGGAAUCUGUAAAUACUGUCACAUGGUUUUCCAAACUCUGCUGACAAGAAACCGUUUUGAAUGACCUUAAUGGAGUACCGUACUACUACAACAGGUAUAUCUCAGUGGG